GAAGCAGCCGUUCAGAAGCUUUUUUUUUUUAGUAGUCAGCUAGCUACUGCAGGUCUUUUAAAUCCUUAGAAAAACGGUCAUAAAACCUAAAUGAAUCGUCAUAUUUUGAAAAUCGUAAAGCACGUAUUUGUUUGUUGAGGCUACUCUUACUACGGUAUAUCCUAUAUCUCUCCAGUAAGUCAUCAUGGGCGAGGUGGAGCUGUCCUGUCGGGCUUAUGUGAAGAUGUAUCUUCACGCCUGUCUGUUUCCGCGGUGCAGCAUCAACGGGCUGCUGUUGUCGUCCAGCCCGGCAGGCGGCCCUGUCUGUGUGACAGACUGUGUCCCGCUGCUUCACUCCCACCUGUCCCUGGCUCCCAUCACUCAGCUGGCCCUAACACAGGUGGAUGUGUGGUGUUCACAGACUCAGCAGAGGAUUGUGGGAUACUAUCAGGCCAACGCCUGCGUAUCAGAUAGCAACCCGACUCCGUGCGCCCUGAAGAUAGCCGAUAAGAUUUCUGAGCAGUUUGACAACGCAGUUUUGUUAAUGCUUGAUGGCAGUAAGAUGUCUUCAGACUAUCGGGUUCCUCCCAUCGUGAUGUACGAGCGCAAAGACUCAAAAUGGCUGCUCAAAGACAAACACACGAUAAUGCUGCGACAGUGGGAGGAGACUCGGGCGAUAGCCGGUCAGAUGCUGGAGUCGGGCGAUCACGCGCUAUUGGUGGAUUUUGACAGCCACUUGGACGACAUUACAAAGGACUGGACCAAUCAGAAACUGAACACCAAGAUAGCCGAGCUCGCCUCGCCGGCCAACGGGAACAUCUAGAUGUAGACAAAGUAGCAUCAGUUUGUACCAGAGCCCAUAUUUAUUUAUGUUCUCACCCAUCGUCAUGUGAUUUUAAUAACCCCAUACAAACCACACAGUUUCGGUUUAUUUUUAAUGCCUUUUUCUCGACUGAAUAGGGACACAACAUAGAACAUGCAUAAAUAACAACAUAUUUACAGCUUGGUAGAUCCCCCCCCCCCCAGAGUGUGCCUUGUGGUCCAGCCCAACACCCUUCUGACUUAAAGGACAAAUUCACCCUAAAACACCAUUUUAACACUUUUACCAUGUACCUGUGGUCCCAUUUUUGUCUUUUUCUUUUUUUUAUUGUUAAAUCCUGUGUACAUUACAAGCUCCAGGGGGCUGGACAAAAUAACAGAAACACCUUUCACCUUUACAAUACAAAAGUCCUGCUGUAAAAACAAUUUUGUUGAAGCU